CUUGUGCUUUUGGUGCACAAAGGCAAAAGGGGGUCAGGCUAAAUGGCCCAAGGGGUCUCUUCCAACCCUCUUUGUUGUUGUUGUUGUUGUUGUUGUUGUUGUUAUUAUUAUUGCUCGGUGGCCAACUAUAGUCCGGCCCUCCAACGUUCCGAAAGAUCGUGAACUGGCCCCCUGUUUAAAAAGUUUGGGGACCCUGCUCUACUGUAUUGCUAAAUAGCUACUCUGUGUUCAUUUUUCACUUUUAAUUUCCAAGCAAAGCCUCUGUAUAACCUGUUCUCUAUCAUUGGAAAGUUAUAUUGCCCGGAACACAAAUCUGAGUUUCCUAAUAACAGCUUCCUGUAAGAUAUUCCAUAUCCUCAAAGGAAUCUGCCAGCUGAUGGCAAAGCAAUGCGGGGAAACUAGCCUGAAGAAACUGACAACAAAAAAAGUGUAACCCAACACCAAAUCGGAGUAUUCCAGGAACAUGUCCCUUUCCUCCAAUCAAUCGGAAGCAGCCUAAGACUCAGUGGAGUGUAAUGUCAGGAACCACACCUCUUGGAGAUCAGCCUCCCCAUUUCUUGAAAUUGUCUGUAAACAGAGAAAGGGAGGAGCUAGGCACGGCUUGCCAAGAGAAGCAGUAACUUUGUGAGUAAUUUACUAGUGGAAAAACAAGUGCAGCAGUGCACGGGCAGGCAAAGAGAGCACUGGGCUUUGAGUGAUCACAGAGGCUCCCUAUGGAUCCAAAGAAGGAAAAUGCAGCACAUUUGGGCAUGCUUUCUUCAAAUAAAACCUUAUCUACUGGGCAUACUUGGACUUUGGAGUACAAUGGAACAUGCUGCACGAACUGAAGAAAAGCUGGUAACCAGCAAACCUCUCCAGACCUUUUAAUUUCACUAUGUGGAGCUGUGACGCUUUCAAUGGCACCAAAACCACGGAGGACCAGCAUCUCUGCCAUGAGUUCCACCUCGUGCUUUCCAUCUUCUCUCUGCUCUACCUCAUCAUCUGCUUCCCCAUUGGCCUUUGCUACAAUGCCCUGCUGGUCCUGGUCAACCUCUACAACAAAGCAACGAUGACCAUGCCAGACGUUUACUUUGUCAACAUCGCCAUUGCUGGCCUCAUCAUCAGUGCCAUCGCGCCCAUGUACCUUCUGGGACCGGCCAGUACCAAAUGGGCCAUUUGGAGUUUCAACAAUGAAGUCUACAUCACCUUGCUGAUCUUGUUCAACGUGUCAUCCUUGGUGAUAAUGUACUCUACCACCCUGCUCAGUUUGGACUACUACAUUGAGCGUGCGCUGCCAAGAACGUACAUGUCGAGUGUAUACAACACCAAGCACGUGUGUGGGUUCAUAUGGGGGGGAGCCAUGCUGACCAGUUUCUCGUCUCUCCUCUUCUACGUCUGCAAUCACGUCUCCACUAAAAUAAUCGAAUGCUCCAAGAUGCAGAACAAAGAAGCGGCGGACGCCAUCAUGGUUUUUAUUGGUUACAUCGUCCCCGCCGUUGCGGUGUUGUACGCACUUGUGUUGAUUCUGCGAAUACGCAAAGAGGCGACGCCACUGGACCAAGACACUGGAAGACUGGAUCCGUCAGUGCACCGGCUUUUGAUUGCCACCGUGUGCACACAGUUCACUUUAUGGACGCCUUAUUACAUCACACUUCUAGUAAACACUUUAACAAGCAUGCAAGGAAAAGUUAUGGAUGAAAACUACGUCCGAGUAUUACAUUUUACCAAGGGAGUGUCCAAAUUCCUGGCUUUUUCUAGCAGCUUUGUCAUGCCCCUCCUCUACCGAUACAUCAACAAAAACUUUCCACACAAAUUGCGAAGGCUGCUUAAGAAACUGCACUGUGGGAACCAAGGGUGCUCUCAUGAACGCACGGUCGUUCAGCAAGUCAUAACGUAGGAAUGAAUGGAUGCCGUGUGCCAAGCUUCUUCCCCAAGACUCUCUCGUGCGGAGACCACUUUGCCAGGAUAUCGGGGAAAAAAAGAGACAGUUUUAACACACACAGGGAGUAAAGACUUGCGGAAAACUCUACUGAGAAUCUGUGGGUUAAAACUGUUUUGAUUUCUGAGAUUUUCAAUGCACUGAUUCAGUCUCACAGUAUAAGCGUUGUUCUGAUAAUCCUGUCUGGAGAAAAUCACUAGCAGGCCUUACUGAAGGCUUUGACUGAACAUUUAGCACUUUGUAAUCCUGUAGAGUUAAAAAAAGAGGUAUUUUUAUAUAAAAUAAUAUGAUUUUUAAUUUUACGAAGUAGUUUUAAUUCAAGGUGAGGACAGCACCUUUUUAGUUAAGAUCAUCUCCACUAAGUCAUACUGGUUAAAUCGUGUAAGGUUCUAAACAAUGAAGUACCAAGGAUAAUUUUACUUUAAUAUUUAAUUACAUCUUCUACAUAAUUACGCAAUAUUUUGAUUGAAAAGAAACCAUUAUUUGAAUUCUAAAAUUGUUUGCAGAUUUAGUUUUGUUUUAAUGUAUUCGCAUUUUUCUAUAUUUAACAAUGAACCAAAAAGUCCCAAUUUAUCUGCUAUCCUUACUUCGCAUUACAAAACAUUUCAGUCAGUCAGAAGUAGCCACUUUUAAAGGAAAAGAAGUUCCUUUACAUAUUAAAAUGAAGGAGUGCGUCAAAAAGUUUUAAGGUGAAUAUUAACAACCACAGAGUUAAAAGUAUCUAUAUUGCUGUUAUGGUCCACAAAUAUUCAUGCAGACAUACUGCAUUCUUUUAAUGACUGAAUAAAUAUGCUUGCAGUUUUCAAGGUAUUACUACCUUUGUAGUGGGAAAGGGGCAACUUCAAAUAUUUUCAAUAAUAGAAAUUUAUGAUCUAGGCAUUGACUGGCAGGAGAGAUGGGAAAGACACAACUUAAGGGAACCUAUGAGACUGUUUCAUGUAGAUUUAUCGUUUCUGAAAUGCAAUAGUGCCUGAAGACUCUACAAGCUCUUGGGUUUUGUGCUGCUAAAGACCAGGCUUUUUGCCUCCCUGUAUGAUGCCAAUUCUUUCCAUUCUUUCUAUAUCAGAUAUAGCAAACUAGCCUAAACCAGCCUAGGCUAGGAUCCAAGAACAGUGCUCCACAUACAUAUGAACUCAUUUUGGUCUCAUGGUUGUCUCUUAAAAACGUGUACUGGAAUACCCUGCAGAAAGAAUGGAAAAAUCAGUCAACUGACCUGAAAAUGUGAGCAGGCAGAAAUAAUGCCUCAGAUACAUUCAUAAGGCAACCAACAGUAAACAUCUCUGGCACCGAGACAGUCUGCUGACUGCUCCACAAGUAUACAGAACCCACUGUCUAUGAAGAAUCCAGGAACUAAAGUUGGUUCCUCAAAGAAAUAGAUGCUUUCUCUACUUUCUGUGGAUUUUACUUCAGGCACAGGUCAAGCAUCACUUACACAAAAUUCCAGAAUCCAAAACUAUCCACAGGGGUGGCAGAGAUAGUGAGACAUCUUUGCUUCGUGAUAGUUCAGUGUUAGCAAAAUGCGUUUCGUACUCACAAUUAUUUAUUUAAAUGUAUUGUCGAAGGCUUUCAUGGCCAGAAUCACUGGGUUGCUGUGAGUCUUUCAGGCUGCAUGGCCAUGUUCCAGAAGCUUUCUUUCCCGACGUUUCACCCACAUCUAUGGUAGGCAUCCUCAGAGAUUGUGAGGUAUUACAACCUCAGAACCGCUGCGGAUGCCUGCCAUAGAUGUGGGCGAAACGUCAGGAGAGAAUGCUUCUGAAACAUGGCCAUACAGCCUGAAAAAUGCACAACAACCCUAAUUUAAAUACUGUUUAUAAAAUUACUUUCAGGCUACGUGGAUAAGGUGCACAAGAAGUCCACAAAUUCUAGACACCCAACUUAUAUCCGACUCCUAGUUAAGAAGGGGGCGAGACAACAGAAAGUGAGAGAAAUCUACCCCUUGGAAGGGAAAUCCUUGGAAUGGAAUUAUCAUAGGGAAAAGGUGUUUCACAAAUCCUUGUUUCCACAAUAAGCCAUUUUUUUCAAAAUCCAUAAUCACAUGGACAGAAAGUGAGGUGAAAUCUUCUGAACAGAGAGAAAAACAAAUACCACGGGGUUGUUAAUCCUUUCCUCUUCUAUCCAAAGCUCUCUCUUUCACAUACAUAUAUAUGGAUGGAUGGAGUUACACUUAAAAAAUUAAUCUGUUCCAACAUAUAUACAAAUCCGACUUUAGAAUUCAACUACAGAACUUGUCUCUAAACUGGGGACUGCUUGUAUAAGAAGCAAAAUGAAUUUUGUGUUUAGACUUGGAUGUAUCUCCACAAUAAGACAUUACGCAAAUACUGGUAUUCCAAAAUAAAAGACAUGCAAAAUACUUUGUUCCUAAGAAUUAGAGGAUACUCAACCUGUACAUUCUUCUCCAAAGAGCCUGUGUUGUUAUUGACCUAGGUUUCUUGCAGACUAGGGUUUGGAUCCCCCUUCUGACAUGGAAACCAAGCAAACUGCUUCUGAACACAUCUUAAGCCAAAAACAACCUGAAGACAAACAACAACCAGGUCUCCAUGUCUCUGAUUCUGGUUCUCCAAUAAGUAUAAUGCCUCUUUUCCCCCAAGAGGUACUUUUUAUAGUUUAAUUUCCCUGCAUCUCCAUGGCCUAAGCCGAUUUUAAAGAUAAAAAUAAGAAUAUUGGUAAGAGAAGUGAGACUUCUUGAUUUAUUCCUUUCACUGGUAGUUUAACAAUAAAACGUGGUAAGCAACGACCCUGAUCUUUCCUUUUUACACUCUUCAGUUCUUCACGUAAUUCAAAAUGAUAUAUUCAAAGCAGAUUUUGAGAACCGUUUCGCAUGUCUCCAGCUCAACCGUGUGCUCAACAUCUCUGGAUUACAAAAAGCGCUGUUUAUAUGUUUUGCAAAACAUAUCUGCUAAGGACUUCCUUUUUAUUGAAUGAUACACAUUCCUUCCACUACAGGGAGCAGUUAUGUGGCCACACAUUUUUAUGGCAUAGAUUGCUGUCAAGAGAUUCUGAGGGUUGAACUAAAAUAUAUGUACACAGACUGGAAGUGAUGAGCAACCUGCAAACCUAUGGAAGCUCAGAUAUUAAGGGUCUUCUCAGACAGAAAAGGGAACACCAAUCUCUAUAUUCAUCAGAGUCCAUGAAAUCUCAGGCUUGAAGUCACCUAGGCUUUGACAGAAAAGUUGUAUUUUUGCCUCUUAUCCUUCAAGAUCCAGUUAAGGUACAUAGUUCCAAGACCUUGUUAUCUUGUGAUUUGCAAAUACAUCUGCUCCAUAUCAGAAUACGAGGGCUAUCCAGAAAGUAGAUUACGUUUUGGAAUUAAAAAUUAUGCAUGCGCUCAACUUUCCCCCACGCUCGUCCUGGAUCGCUCUUCUAUUUCGCAAAUGCUUGCAAGGAAGGUUAUGGCGACCGUUUUUUGGGACAGGAAAGGUAUGCUUCUUGCAAAACCUUAGAAGAGCGAUCCAGGACGAGCGUGGGGGAAAGCUGCGGGAAGGGUUGAGGACGCAAGCCAAGCGGCAAAGUUUGGUGGGGAAGGACUUUCCAAACUCUUUUAUCGCCAUGACAAGCGCCUAGAUUUCAAUGGGGACUAUGUUGAGAAGUGGUAUUUGGGUCUGGCUUUCAACUGCAUAUGGUGAAUGUUUUCUCCUAUACUUUGUUCAUUUUUUAUUCCAAAAUGUAAUCUACUUUCUGGAUAGCCCUCGUAGAAUGCUCCACAUUAGAAUAGCCUUGUCCUCAAAUAUUUACAAUAGAACCUCUAAGUACAAAUGUCCCAACAUAAGUAUGUUUUAACUUGCAAAUCUUCACUUAGCCUAGAGUAAUGUUUUGACAUAAGAACGCUGUUUUGACCUACAAGCAGUUCAAAAGAGGCCUCUUUGCACCCUAAACUAAUUCUAACAGCAAGGCUGAGAUUCCUAGCCGGAGCAGAAACAAGGCAGAAACUCCAGCUCCAUGCGAUUGCUUUUCUUGAGAAGUCCAGUUUGGAAAUGCCAUUCCAGAGAUUGCAAUCCACCCUGGUGCCUUAAUGAUGAAGAAACUAGUACAGAAAUCUUUUGUAAUAAUUCAGAAAUUUAAGAGUUCCAUUUCAAUGACUGAAGCUUUCUAGUUAGUUUGUAAAUAUGAACUAAACGGUACAGCAUUAUACUACACAUUACUGUAUAUAUGCAAAGAGAAUCCGCCUACUGAUGUAAAAAGAACAAUUUAAAGAAUCUAUUAAAUUAUUUCUGAAGAUUUAUCAGCCAUUUAAAAAUAAGCUUAUUGAGUCCUUAAGGUGUACUGUAGACAGACUUGAGCCUACAAAGAAUCACGACAACAGUGCCAUUAUUAACGGUAUUACUUUCUCUGAGAAAUGAUUCGUAUAUCUGAACAUGCUUUAUGAUUUCUAGGUCUUCUCUAAAUGGGAGAGAUAGUUAUGUCAAAUCAAUAAAAUAAUAAAACUCCUGAACUCUG